GGACUUAGACACGGCCAUCCGCCGGCGUUUUGAGAAGCGGAUCUACAUCCCCUUGCCGGAGGUGGAGGCGAGAAUUCGGCUUCUGACGCUGCAUUUGGGCGACACGCCGCAUAGCUGCACCGAGGAGGAUUUGAAGGCCAUCGGCGCCCGCACGGAGGGGUUUAGUGGCGCAGACAUCUCAAUCCUCACCAGGGACGCUUUGUUCGAGCCUGUGAGGCGCUGCCAGCGCGCUCGAGCCUUUCUGCGAGUCACCAAAACAGGCCCGGACGGUCCGAAGCAGUACUGGACGCCCUGCAGCCCGGGGGUGCCCAAUGCACAGGCCAUGACCCUCAUGCAGGUCCCUGCUGCGGAGCUGCUGUCGCCGGACGUCCUGGCAUCCGACUUCGAGGCCGCGCUGGAGAAGGUCCGGCCCAGCGUGAGCCCGGCGGACCUCAAGGCUCACGAGGAGUUUACGGCCACCUUCGGCAUGGAGGGCCAGUGAGGCGAAGAAAACGUUGCUUGAGGAAAAUGUCGGGGACAGCUUCCACUUCUUGACCCCAAAGUGGACUACCCACCCCA